CCUCUCGCGCGGCAAUUCACUCACUUGCUCGCUCGCACCCGUCCGCUCGCUCCCUUCCUUCUCAACGGCUCAAGACAAGUGUCCCGGGCACGACUGCCGCUGCCGCUGCCGCCGCCGCCGCGAAGGGAAAGGCGGUCAACACACCUGCCCAGUUACAGCCGAGACUUACAGACUGCCGAGAGACGGAGAGAAAGGCCAUCCCGGAAAUAAAAAUGAACGUGCGGUGACCUCCCCCGGCGGAAGGGAGGCUAGAGGCGGUCAAACUCGAGGAAAAAGUUGCGGCAAGUGCGGCGGGAGGCAGCGAGGCGCCGGCCUGGGCCGAGAGCGGAGGGAAGGGACGAGCGAUAGAGUGAGCGAGCGGCCGUUGGGCUGAGGGAUCGCGCGGGCGGGCAGGCAGCAGGCGCUCGCUCCAGGGCCGGGCCGAGCCGAUCGCCCGGACCCGACCCGACCAGCAUGGACUUCAAGACGGCCGUGUUCAACGCGGCCCGCGACGGCAAGCUGCGGCUGCUGCAGAAGCUGCUGACCGCCAAGAGCCGCGACGAGGUGUCGGUGCUGGCGGCCGAGAAGACCAACGGCGCCACGGCGCUGCUGAUGGCGGCCCGCUACGGCCACCUGGACGUGGUGGUCUACUUGCUGGAGGAGUGCGGAGCGGACGUGGAACUCGGCGGCUCCGUCAACUUCGACGGCGAGACGAUCGAGGGGGCGCCGCCGCUGUGGGCCGCCUCGGCCGCCGGCCACCUGUCUGUGGUGAGGUCGCUGUUGGAGCACGGCGCGUCCGUCAACAACACCACCCUGACCAACUCGACGCCGCUGCGGGCCGCCUGCUUCGACGGCCACCUGGACAUCGUCAAGCAUCUGAUCGAGCACCGCGCCGACAUGGAGGUAGCCAACAGGCACGGCCACACUUGCCUGAUGAUCUCCUGCUACAAGGGCCACCGAGACAUCGCCAAGUACUUGCUGGAGAAGGGGGCCGAUGUCAAUCGCAAGAGCGUCAAAGGAAAUACAGCGUUGCAUGACUGUGCUGAAUCUGGGAGCCUGGAGAUCAUGAAGAUGCUGCUUAAAUAUGGAGCCAAAAUGGAGAAGGAUGGUUACGGAAUGACUCCAUUGCUUUCUGCCAGUGUUACUGGUCAUACCAACAUUGUGGACUUCCUAACUCAACACCCACAAACGAGUAAAAUUGAACGUAUUGAUGCUCUGGAGCUCCUAGGAGCUACAUUUGUGGACAAGAAGAGAGAUUUGUUAGGAGCAAUGAAAUAUUGGAAGAAAGCUAUGGACAUGCGAUACAGUGAUGGGGCUAAUAUACUUGCUAAACCUGAGCCCCAGCAGUUAAUAAUGGCUUAUGAUUAUGCCAAAGAAGUAAUCUCUGGAGAGGAGUUGGAAGCAUUGAUUGCUGAUCCAGAUGAGAUGAGGAUGCAGGCACUACUAAUCAGAGAGAGAAUACUGGGUCCUUCACAUCCGGAUACAUCUUACUACAUAAGAUAUAGAGGUGCUGUAUAUGCUGAUUCUGGUAAUUUUGAAAGGUGCAUCAACUUGUGGAAGUAUGCAUUGGAUAUGCAACAGAAUAAUCUGGAUCCACUGAGUCCAAUGACAGCAAGCAGUUUGCUUUCUUUCGCUGAACUUUUUUCGUUUAUGCUGCAAGACCCUACAAAAGGAGUCUUGGGAACUUCUGUUUCUUUCGGUGAUUUAAUGGGAAUAUUGAGCAAAAGUGUCUUUGAAAUAGACAGAGCUAUGAAGCAGGAACAAGCACCAUCUGACUUGACGCAAUUGAGCAAAGCCCUGUCAAUAAUCUUGCAUCUAAUUUGUUUACUAGAGAAGGUGAAAUGCAGCUCUGAACAAGAGCAUCUCAAGCGGCAAACCAUCUACAGAUUUCUAAAACUGAACUCUCGAGGAAAGACUGGGUUUUCCCCCCUUCAUCUGGCAGUUGAUAAAGAUACCACUUCUGUGGGUCGUUAUCCCGUUUGUAAAUUUCCAUCUCUGCAGGUCACUGCAAUGUUACUGGAGUGUGGAGCGGAUCUCAACGCAAGAGAUUUUGAAAACAACAGUCCAUUGCACAUUGCAGCACAUAACAAUCACCCAGAAAUCAUGAAUCUUCUAAUUAAAGCGGGUGCACACUUCGACACCACAAACUCCCAAAAACAAACGGCCUGUGAUUUGCUGAAUGAGAGGGAAAUGGGGAAAAACUUGAUUCAGCCGAUCAACCAUACAAGUUUGCAAUGCCUUGCUGCCCGUGCCAUAGUAAAACACCAAUUAGUGUAUGAAGGACAGAUUCCAGAAAAACUGGAGUCUUUCAUUUUGCUUCACAGAUGAUUCGAACAUUUUUUUUGAAUGUCUGUAAAUAUGGGAAGAAAUUGGUCAUGUGCUUUAGUACAUCUCUAUGCUAAAGGAUGUUGAAUAGAUUCAGCAGCUUUUAGUCAAUUUUGACCGCAUGUUGUUUUUGCUGCCUUGGUCACCUUGCUCACAGUUAAUGCACUGUGGUAAUGCAUGUGUGUAAAGUAUAUCGUAUCUGUUCACCAGUAUUUUAAUGGAUGUCUGAAGAUGUAUGCUGCUUUGUUUUUGGUUAAAAUUGGGAUUGAUAGUUUGCAUUUCUAACAACCUAUGAACUUGAUUUUGUUCCAGUAUUUAUUAGUGGAAUUGUAUUUUACAGCUGUCUUUAUAACCUUUUGUGCUGAUUGGUGUUAAUGCAAUAUCCAGUUUCUUAAAACAAAAUCAGCUUUGUCAUUUUUUUUGACCCAACACAUUGGACCAUAAUUUGUUCUGCUGCUUUAACAUCAGCAAUACCUUAAGUGCUUUUAAGUUUCCAGUAGAGUGGCUUGGAGAAAAGACUGCUCUGUUAACUCAUCACUAUGCAGAUCCUGGAACUUGAUUGGAAUGUUGGGUAUAUUUCUCGUCCUCUGAGUGUUCAUUUAGUUUAAAGACUUUUUUCAAACUGCAUAAGGCAUUUCAAAUAGUUUGCCGUUGGAAGUACCUAUGGGCUUUUUGCAUAAAAAUAGGGCUGCACCCUUGAAGUUGCUGCAUUUGACUUUUUGUCUAUUACUGAGGGGGUAAUAGCUACUUUGGUGCACAUGUUACUGAAACCCUAUCUUUUUCAAUAGCUUUUUGCAUCAGACUUAAAAUUUAUUUUCUUUAGUGUGAAGUUAGCCUGCUUCCCAAGGGGUCUUUAUAAUUGCUGUCUAUUUCAUCCGAAAUUUGUAUCUGAUAAACAAUAUCCACAUUACUGUUGAACAGGAAGGGUGACAUUUUUGAAAGUUGUUGGAUUCAGAUAAUCGCUGUAAUUCUGCACUUUACCAGUAGAAAUGAGAAUUAAUGGCAGUUUGGCCAUGUAUGUCUUAAAUAAAGCAUUCACAAUAAAAUGCCAAAGUGCACUUGCCUAUGCUAGUGUCAAAUUGUUGUGUAGUCAACUGAUAUUUGGGAUGGAAAGAUAUAAAGAGUUGCUGUUUGAUUUAGUACUUACAGCACCGUUUACCCUAUAAAAUAGAUUUUGUGAAUGCAACUGGAAUUCAGUUGCUCGUGCUGACUAACUUCAAUACGGGGGGGGGGGGGGAAUUAUGUACAUUUCGAUUUGAGUAGAAAAUUUACUGUUCUCAGACGAGUGAUGUAAAUUGGCAACAGUUUUUUUUUUUGCGUUAACUGUUUAUUUAUUUCAAAGCUUUGAGGUUUCCACGAAGCUUCCCUAAAUUUUCCCCGAGGCAACAGGUAGAGUCUUCACUUAUUUCAAUGUUGUGCUGAAAUCCAUUUUCUGCAAUUCAAACUUUAUUGAUAAAUAUCAAGGCAUCCACUUUAUUUCCUUGCAUAUUCUACUUUGGUUUAAUCUGUCUACCAUAUAAUUUCCAUUGGUCACUGCCCUAAACAAUUUUUCGCCAUGCUUUGCAUUUGAUAUGUGGUGACUUCUUAUUGAAUUUUCCCAGCAUCAUGAUUACCAUUUGCUUGGAUUAGCUCCUAGCAUUAGUAACCAUCAAUCGCCUGUUGGAAGCCAAUAAUGACUGAAGAUAGUCGAUUUGUCUGAGAUCUUCAAGGUAAAAUAGACUGUCAUUGUCAAGACUCUUAUCAGUUCUGUUCGCCGUUAUGGAGUAUAUAGUACUGUAUUAUGCCCAGAUUACAAUUCACUGUAUUUUCAAUUUUUGUUAAAAUCAACCUUUUUAGAAGAUUUCAGCAUGUCCUUGAUGAACUCUAUUGUCAUGUUUAAUUUCCUUGCCAUAUUUUUGCUCUGAUUCCUUCAGGCUUGCAAUUUCACUCGUCAAGAGCAGCAUUGCUUUGGCUCUGGUCUUCUGGGCAUUUGUUUGCUCUAUUGCUGUUAGCAGUGCCUUGAUAUAUCAACUCUUGGUUUAAUCUCUUAAUGUGAAACCAAUCUUCUAUGUUCUCGCAUGGACAACCAUUGUAAACACAAUGGGAUGGAAAGUUCUGAGUAAAUUUUCUGGAAAGAUUGUUACAAUUCACUUUUUUAAAUGGUGUUUCCAAAAUGCAGUUUUUGCUCAAUUUGCAAUUAAAUCUGUAUGGUGAGGGCUAUUUGGUUGUCUAUUUAAAUCUUGUGAAAAUAACUUUGGUGUAAGGUGUUGGUGCAUACAAACAUGCUACAUUUUCUCUUGUACAAUGUGGCGGUUCACUGAACUUUGCUGUGUUUUGAUAUAUAAACUUGCUCUAUUACCUUCAAGCAAGUAUUUUGGAGACUGAGGGUUUUGGAACUGGUUUGAUUUAUGAUGUAUGAAAGGUUAAUUUUCAGCUCAAAUGAUUAAUUUUCAAAGUCUUCCAUCUUUGUUCCAAUAAUAUGGCUCAUAGUGGUGUUAAGUCCUCAGCUUGACAUUUCCUUUUUGCCUUAAUGUAGAUCAUAUCCUAACCAACAUUUAUCCACUCAACUAAUGUCAUUAAAAUAGUGCCGUACCUAUGUGAUUUG